AUGUCCACCCCUAAUGAGAUCAAGCUCAUCAGUGGCAGCAGCCACCCCGAGCUCACCGCCCAGGUCGCCCACUGGCUCGGCAUCGAGGUCGCCAAGACCAUGAGCAUCCCCUACUCAAACCAGGAGACCUCGAUUACCAUUGGUGAAUCCGUUCGUGAUGAAGAUGACAAGAAGGAUAAGAGCCGUGCCCCCAUCUCCGCCCGCCUCGUCGCCAACAUGCUCCAGAGCUCCGGCUGCGAUCACGUCAUCACCGUCGAUCUCCACGCUUCUCAAAUCCAGGGCUUCUUCAGCGUGCCCGUGGACAACCUCUAUGCCGAGCCGUCCGUCAUGAAGUGGGUCAAGGAAAACCUCGACAUCUCCAAUCUUGUCAUUGUCUCCCCGACGCCGGCGGAACGUCCCCGUCCCAACGUUGUCGGUCGCAUGGUUCUUGUCGGAAACGUCAAGGACAAGAUUGCCAUUCUCGUCGACGACAUGGCCGAUACUUGUGGCACUCUAGACAAGGCCGCCACCACACUUAUGGACCACGGCGCCAAGGAGGUUUUGGCUAUUGUCACUCAGUACGAUCACUCCAUCGUUUUCGGUAUCCUUUCUGGCAAGGCCAUUGAGAUCCUCAACAAGUCCGUUCUCAGCCGACUCGUCGUCACCAACUCCACCCCUCUCGGCGACAAGAUUGACCGAUGCCCCAAGCUCCGCGUCAUCGACAUUUCAAGGACGCUGGCCGAGGCAAUUCGCCGAACCCACAAUGGCGAAAGCGUUAGUUACUUGUUCCACCACGUUCCCAUGUAA